AAACAUGACGGAUUACAAAAGUGGCGGCGGAGGGAGGAGCAGCAGCAGCAGCAGCAGCAGCCGCGCCGACCCUUUGGAACUGAGGCUGGGGUAGUAGCGGGGGAACCAGGGAGGCGCGCCGACGAGAGCGCGAGACCGACGCCGUCUCCGGCGGAAAAGCUCGCCAAGCCCCGCGCCGCCUCACUCUGCCGCGGGCGCAGCCAAAUGCAGUAAGAGGUGCUGAACAUGCCUCGCAGUCCAACGUCAAGUGAAGAUGAGAUGGCUCAGAGUUUUUCAGACUAUUCAGUGGAAUCUGAAUCAGACAGCUCCAAAGAAGAAACCAUUUACGAUACUAUCAGGGCUACUGCAGAGAAGCCAAGUAGCAGAAUGGAAGACUCCAAGAGCAAUACAUUAGUGAUGCGGAUUAUAAUACCUGACCUACAGCAGACGAAGUGUAUUAGAUUUAAUCCUGAAGCUUCUGUAUGGGUAGCAAAGCAGCGAAUUCUUUGCACAUUGAAUCAAAGUUUGAAAGAUGUUCUCAAUUAUGGCUUGUUUCAGCCUGCGAACAAUGGGAGAGAUGGGAAAUUUCUGGAUGAAGAAAGACUUCUUAUGGAAUACCCACAACCUGUAAACAAGGGUGUUCCAACCUUAGAGUUUCGGUAUAAGAAAAGAGUGUACAGACAAUUUAAUCUUGAUGAAAAGCAGCUAGCCAAGCUCCACACAAAGGCUAAUUUUCGAAAAUGUAUGGACCACGUUCACCACCUGUCUGUUGAAAAACUAACAAAGAUGCUGGACCGGGGACUUGAUCCUAACUAUCAUGACUUGGAAAGUGGAGAAACCCCACUGACUUUGGCAGCUCAACUUAGCAAUACUGUUGAAGUUAUCAAAGCCCUGAAAAAUGGAGGAGCUCAUUUAGAUUUCAGAGCUAAAGAUGGCAUGACAGCAUUACACAAAGCAGCUAGAGCCAAGAACCAACUUACCCUGAAGACCCUCUUAGAGCUUGGAGCAUCUCCCAAUUAUAAAGACAGCUGUGGACUGACACCGUUGUAUCACACUGCCAUAGUUGGAGGAGAUCCAUAUUGUUGCGAGCUCUUGCUUCAUGAACAUGCUACUGUAGGUUGCAAAGAUGAAAAUGGAUGGCAAGAGAUUCACCAGGCUUGUCGAUAUGGGCACGUCCAGCAUUUAGAACAUUUUCUGUUUUAUGGAGCUGAUAUGGGAGCACAAAAUGCCUCUGGAAACACAGCGUUACAUAUCUGUGCACUUUACAACCAGGACAGCUGUGCAAGAGUUUUGUUGUUACGGGGAGCUAACAAGGAGUUGAAGAACUAUAAUAGUCAAUCUUCAUUUCAGGUGGCAAUAAUUGCUGGAAAUUUUGAGCUCGCUGAAUAUAUCAAGAAUCACAAGGAAACUGAUAUAGUGCCAUUUAGAGAGGCUCCUACCUACUCAAAUAGAAGACGGAGACCCCAGAGCACCUUGACAGCACCUCGUGUCUUGCUUCGGUCGAAUAGUGAUAACAACCUGAACAUCAACAUUCCUGAUUGGUCAGCCUCUUCCUUAGCUUCUUCACACCGUAGCCUUUCGCCUAACCUACUCCAACAGAUGCAGAAUAAUCCUAAUGGAACUGUGAAAACUGUUGGGAGCUACACGCCAUCUUCUCGAAGCCGCUCACCAUCAUUAAAUAGGUUAGGAGGAGAAGAUGCAAAGCGGCAGCAACACCGGCACAUUAGUGCCAGUUAUAACCCCAGUGCCAACAAGGAUACUAUAUCUGCCUUGGAUUAUCAGGGUCCAAAACGCAAACUUUAUAGUGCUGUACCUGGAAGACUAUUUAUUGUCGUGAAGCCAUAUCAACCUCAAGGAGAAGGGGAGAUUCAUUUGCACAAAGGGGACAGGGUGAAAGUUUUGAGCAUUGGCGAGGGUGGAUUCUGGGAAGGCACCACUCGAGGUCAUGUUGGAUGGUUUCCUGCAGAAUGUGUUGAGGAAGUGCAGUGUAAACCAAAUGAAAGCAAACCAGAAACUCGAGCAGACAGAACAAAGAAAUUGUUUAGACACUAUACUGUUGGAUCAUAUGACAGCUUUGAUGCUUCAAGUGACUGCAUUAUAGAAGAAAAGGCUGUGGUCCUGCAGAAAAAAGACAAUGAAGGAUUUGGGUUUGUGCUCAGAGGGGCCAAAGCUGAUACACCAAUUGAAGAAUUCACCCCUACUCCAGCCUUUCCUGCUUUGCAGUAUCUGGAAUCAGUGGAUGAAGGUGGGGUAGCAUGGCAAGCUGGCUUGAGAACAGGAGACUUUUUGAUCGAGGUUAAUAAUGAAAAUGUAGUUAAAGUUGGCCAUAGGCAAGUGGUGAACAUGAUUCGGCAAGGAGGCAAUCAUUUAGUUCUUAAAGUUGUCACAGUAACCAGGAAUCUUGAUCCAGAUGAUACAGCCAGAAAGAAAGCCCCACCACCUCCAAAACGGGCUCCAACCACUGCACUGACCUUGCGGUCUAAGUCAAUGACCUCAGAACUUGAAGAGCUUGUGGACAAAGCUUCAGUACGGAAGAAGAAGGAUAUUUUCCCUUCACAUUUUGAAGGUUUGAAGAAGAGGAUUGUUUUUCGAGUCACACUAAAUAAAGUUGAUGAAAUAGUACCAGUUUCCAAGCCAUCAAGAAUUCCAGACAAUGCAGCCGUGGACUCAAGAGUGGCAACAAUUAAACAACGACCUUCCAGCAGAUGCUUUCCCUCGGCUACAGAUAUGAAUUCUAUGUAUGAGAGACAAGGGAUUGCUGUGAUGCCACCAACAGUCCCUGGGAGUUCCCAAGGCCCGUUUCUGGGUGUACCACGAGGUACCGUGAGAAGACAAAAAUCAAUAGGGAUAACAGAGGAAGAACGGCAAUUUUUGGCUCCUCCCAUGCUAAAAUUUACCAGAAGUCUAUCCAUGCCAGACACCUCUGAAGAUAUCCCUCCUCCUCCACAGUCUUUACCUCCAUCACCACCACCUCCAUCUCCUUCUCUUUACAACUCCCCCAAAUCUCCAGUGUCUAGAAUAUAUGGGACAAUUAAGCCUGCAUUUAAUCAGAAUUCAGGUGCAAAGUUAGCUAUUUCAGGUAGAUCUGAAAAUAUGGGAACGGUGAUAAGGGACAAAGGGAUAUAUUACCGGAGAGAGAUGGACCGUUAUUCUCUAGAUUCUGAGGACUUAUAUAGCAGAAAUGCCUCAACUCAGGCAAGCUUCAGAAACAAGAGAGGUCAGAUGCCGGAGAACCCAUACUCUGAAGUUGGAAAAAUAGCAAGCAAAGCAGUGUAUGUCCCAGCCAAGCCAGCAAGACGGAAGGGAAUGCUAGUGAAACAAUCUAAUGUUGAGGAUAGUCCAGAAAAAACCUGCUCUAUUCCAAUUCCAACUAUCAUUGUUAAAGAGCCAUCUACCAGCAGUAGUGGGAAAAGUAGUCAAGGAAGCAGCAUGGAAAUUGACCCACAGUCUUCAGAGCAACCAGGACAGCUCAGACCUGAAGAUAACUUGACUGUCAGUAGUCCAUUUGCAGCAGCCAUUGCAGGGGCAGUGAGGGAUAGGGAGAAAAGAUUAGAAGCCAGGCGUAACUCUCCAGCUUUCCUUUCCACAGAUUUGGGAGAUGAGGAUGUUGGGCUGUCGCCUCCAAUGCCACGUUUGAGACAGUCUAAGUUUAGUGAUGAGGGAAUGUUUGGUAAUGAAGACAACUUUAGGCAACUUGUAUCACCAUCUCCUAUCCCAGCACCUAGAGAGCCUGAAAAUAUUUUUAAUAGCAGUGAAUCAAGUAAUCAAAGUGAUGCAAGGACACCAAACCCUUCAACCCCAACAUCAAUGGGUUCAGAAAAUAAUGUGUUGGCAACUCAGAAUGCUGGUAUGUCCAGUUUGGAUAACUAUGUUCAUCCACUCACAGGGAAAUUACUGGAUCCAAAUUCACCUUUAGCCCUUGCCCUUUCUGCCAGAGAUAGAGCCAUGAAGGAACAAACCCAGCAAAUUCCAGGGAAAGGAGAAUCUGGCAAAGCAGACCUUAAUAAACCCCUUUAUAUAGAUACAAAGAUGAGGUCCAACAUCGAAACUACAUUUCCAGUGACAGCUACAAUUGCUAGGCAAAAUACGCGUGGUCCACUAAGGCGGCAGGAGACGGAGAACAAAUAUGAGACCGAUACGGGGAAGGAGAGGAGGCCUGAAGAAAAGAAGAACAUGCUGAUAAAUAUUGUGGAUACCUCACAGCAGAAGUCAGCUGGUUUGCUCAUGGUUCAUACGGUAGAUACAGCACAGUCCAAUGAUACCCCUGAGGAAAAGGAAGAGGAAAGUGCUGAGAUAGAUGUGGAUACUGAAAAGCCUCCACCAGAGGCGCAGGAAAGUACAGAAACAGCAGAAAGUGGACUAGAUGAAGCUGACAUGCCUGAGCUACCUGCAUCUCCCUGCAAAACUAUUGUAGCAGUUGGCUCCGUUGAUGAUCCAAUCAUUUUACCGUUCCGUAUCCCUCCACCCCCUUUAGCAUCUGUUGAUCUUGAUGAAGAUUUCAUCUUUACUGAGCCAUUACCACCGCCUUUAGAAUUUGCUAACAGUUUUGAUAUCCCUGAUGACCAUUCUGUCCCAGGCUCUGCACUAACAGACUUGCUCAAACACAGAAAAAAUGGAACUCCGCCUGCUUCAUUCAAUCCUGCUCAACCCUCAAAUUCAAUAGACAGUAAGAAACCAGUGGGUCUUUCAAACUGUUUGCCUGCCUCAUUUUUACCACCGCCUGAAAAUUUUGAUAAUGUCACUGACUCUGGGAUUGAAGAGGUGGACAGUCGAAGCAGUAGUGACCAUCACCUAGAGACAACCAGCACUAUCUCAACUGUGUCCAGCAUCUCUACCUUAUCCUCUGAAGGUGGUGAGAACUUGGAUACUUGUACAGUCUAUGCAGAUGGGCAAACAUUUCUGGUGGACAAACCCCCAGUACCUCCUAAGCCAAAAAUGAAGCCCAUAAUCAACAAAAGCAAUGCACUUUACAAGGAUGCGCUAAUUGAAGAAACUGUAGAUAGUUUUGUUAUUCCUCCACCUGCCCCACCCCCACCUCCUAUCAGCGCACAGCCCGGUAUGGCUAAAGUUGUACAGCAAAGGACCUCUAAGCUAUGGGGUGAUGUAACGGAGGUUAAAAGCCCAGUUCUCUCAGGCCCAAAGGCUAAUGUCAUUAGUGAAUUGAACUCAAUACUGCAGCAAAUGAACAGAGAGAAAUCAUCAAAGCCAGGGGAAGGAUUGGAGUCACCUCCAGGAAUAAAAACAGCAAGUCUUAGUACAAGGGGCACAGAAGUCAUGAGCACUGUCUCAGGUACUCGAAGUUCAACUAUCACUUUUACUGUCCGGCCUGGGACUAGCCAGCCAAUCACACUGCAGAGCAGAUCCCCAGACUAUGAUAGUAGGACACCAGGAGCAAGACAUGCUCCAAGCCCAGUGGUUUCACCAACAGAAAUAAGUAAGGACAUCAUGCCAGCUCCUCUGACUGCUGCUGCUCCAGUUGCAUCUCCUUCUCCAACACUUUCUGAUGUUUUUAGCCUACCCAGCCAGCCUCCUUCGGGGGACCUCUUCGCUUUGAACACAGGGCGCAGCAGGUCUCCUUCUCCCUCAAUCUUGCAACAGCCAAUAUCAAAUAAGCCUUUUACAACUAAGCCUGUCCACCUGUGGACCAAGCCAGAUGUGGCAGAUUGGUUGGAGAGUUUAAACUUAGGUGAACAUAAAGAGACCUUUAUGGAUAAUGAAAUAGAUGGCACUCACUUACCAAACCUUCAGAAGGAAGACUUGAUAGACCUUGGAGUGACUAGAGUUGGUCACAGAAUGAACAUAGAAAGAGCCUUGAAACAGCUACUGGACAGAUAAGAAUGGCUGCGCUUGCCUCACAUACCUUUGUUAUAAAUAGAGAUGGGCUGGUACUGAAACACCCCAAAUGCCUUGGCUCCCCAAGAGUACCACUAAAUUGAAGCAUCAGUUGAUUGCUAUAGUUUUUGAUAUGCAAGAGUGUAGAUUGUAAGUUUGGUGCCCGGGAGCAGCCCCAAGUAAAUGUAUGUUAUUAAAGGGACUAUAUAUUUCAAAGAGGAAGGGAGAAAGGGGAGAGAAUAAGGAAAGGGGGGAAAUGCUAAUUUUAAAAAAUAUAUAUGUGUGUGUGUAAGCUCUGGUCUUACUGAAAUUAUUUCUAAAAUUAUUACAGUAUUUUUAUUUAUGGGGCAUGGGAAUAACAUUCAUCCUUUGGUAUUCAUGAAUUGUUUUCCUGCCCUUCAGAAAUGCCCUUCUGCCUAAACAAUACUGUGCCAGUUUCUUUUUGGUUUGAAACAUAUUGGUGUUUCUCAUUUCACAAUAAAGUAUUAUGUCCAGCUCUUUUUGCAAUUUCUGCUCUCCCCACCACCCCCAAUCAUUCCACAUGCCCAUUGCACUCAGUUCCAUGGCUCCUGUAGGUCCUCCUGUUUUGAGUCUCACUUCUGCCAAUUAGCCACCAUACUAACAUUCACAUUUUUUCAUAGCACAUUUACUGGUUUUAAUUAAAAAUCAAUACAUUCGUGGGGUUGUAGAAGCAGAGAUUUCAAAAAACAAACAAACAACUUUCUGACAUCCUUUUGGCUUGUUUAUUACAUUCCUUGGUUUAUCUCUAAUGAAUUUAGUUCUUGUCAUCCUUUGUAACUAGUCACAUAGCUUUCAUUAAUUUUUGCCCUCCCACACAGUUAGAUUCAGAUCUGAAUGAGCUGUUCAUGCAAAGAAAAGUAUUUUUAUGCACCGAUUGCUUUUGCUGUGUCAAAGUGAUCACGUGUGGCGAGAGACUCAAUUACUGCUAUGAUCCAAAGUAUAAAUAAAAGAACAAUAUAUAUUGUUUCUACAGUUCUGCAUGUGAAUGCACAAACCUUUGCACAAGCUAUGUUCACAACUGUGCAUAGGGUGGGAUUUUCCAUCUCAAAAGAUCAUCUUUCUGCUCUUGCUGAAUCCACGUGGCACAAAGCCUGUUUUUACAUGCAGAAGUGUAUCUUUAUGUGUUGGCAUUAGUCUAUGGCACCAGGAAGAGGAAAAUCUAAAAGCGAUUGCCUGCAGAAACUGAAACUAUAAGCAAGAUGCAGGUGGUGUUUUUUUCAGAAACCUGGUGGGCACCUAUUAUAGAUGCAAGGAACAAUUUCUAAAAAUUCAAGUUAGCUUCAGUUCAGAGGCGCCAGGUUGCCCACCAGAUUGAGGGGUCCUGGCAUGCUUUGUACACGUGUGAUGUCUUGCGUUGCGCACACACGUCGUAUCACAGGCAAUGCGCACUAUGACAUCACAACACCUGGAGGAGGCCGAGUGCUGUGGAGGAGCCAGCCACUGAUACUGCAGCAUGCGACCCGCUCAACAUUGAGAGGGCCCGACCCCAUUCCAACAAAUAUUCAGGGUGCCAAAGACACGUCAGCCGCCUAAAGUUGGCACACCAUCAGUUUGACUUUGGCUUCAGUUUGACUGAAAAUCAAAAAUCCCAAAGUUCACUUCUGCAUUGCUGCAUGAACUAGGGCAGCAUUGCAGGAGAAUACAUUUGUUCUCACAACUUGGCUUGAGUUUCUUUGACAUUGAGUUGAAAACCAAUGAAAUGGCUAUGAAUUGGUUGGAAUGCAUACUUAGAAUGAUAGUCUUUAUUGUGGGAUAUAUAUUUAGAGAUUUCGUAACCUAUGGAGAUUAGCAGUAUUCUCCCACCUUAUUCUCUCUCCCACUGUAAGUAAUACACAUUGUGAAUUUUGUGGUUCCCGCCUUCCUGAAGACUUCAGCCUAUAACAGAAGGUUAAAUCAUAUGUGGUUACUCAGUCAUCAAACUACUUAACUCUCAGAAGGCCUCAUAUUUUUGGAAGGCAUCUAAAUUCUUUCCUUAAUACGUCCCAGCCUAUCUCUAAUUAUAUUUUCUCACAACGAAGUGUCUAAUUAGGUCUAGAACUAGUACAUAAAAUUUAGCAAUUUCAAUAUCUUUCUUUACUGCAAGUUUAAAUAGUUGUACAGAUAGUUUAUAAGCACAAUAUUUUAAGAAUAUAAGUGGCUGGUCUACUGGGCAGCCUUUGUGCCACUUCAAUGCUAGAAAUUUAAAAAAAUAAAAUAAAACUUUUGUGGUUUACUACUAUUUCUGUGGAAUAAUUAUUAAGUCUUGACCUUUUUAAAUCAACCUCAUUUGGAUGCAUCUGAACCAGCAGAGCUGUGUUAUAUUUUCUAUCUUUGCUAGAACUUCUUCAGAAGAUGAGUGUUUCUUCAAACAUGGUUACAAUUAACAAUGCAGUGGUUAAUUAUGAAAACUAAUAUUCAUCUCUCUCUUCUCCCCCCACUUCACUUUCUGCAAAAACUGGUCUUUUGACUUAACAUCUGUUGUUGUAUCCUCCACAGGUUCCUAUUUGCAUUUGAAAGUUCCAAGUAACCUUAUAAUUAAAAUCUAGUUUAAAUGCAAAAGUCCUGAAAUUUCCAUAAUUAUAUGGAUUAUGUAGAGGAUGACAUUCAUAUAUUCAGUGGCUACAAAAAGCCAUCAAAUAUUUUUUGUGUGGUGGUGGGGGUGUAAAAAAGGAAAUGAUAAUUCAGCCAUCAUUGUCUUCCAUUUGGUGAUAUUGCAGAAUUCAGUAAAUAAACCACGAACGCCAUGCUCCUUUUUGCUUCUUUGAAUGCAGUUGGUGUUACCUCUACAAUAUGUGCCAGGAAAUACAAGAGGACACAUGGUAGGAAAAGAAAAUAGAGAGAAUUAUUUCUAAGCUGCUGUUAAUCAUACCCUUUUACUGUUGAAUAUCUUAUGAUGGUGUACACCGAAGUUACAAGUGAUGGUAAUCCCUUUCUUAAAAGGGGUCUCUUAGAUACGUAUCUCUUUCAGGCACUUAUAUAGUAGGUACAAUAGAAUUAGUAGAAAAGAGAUUUAAACAUCAAAGAGCUAAUGAAAUAGUUUAUUUUUACAUUGUGUCUUAUGAUUGAAAGAGUAAUAGGGCCUACAAGGAACUGCUUUUAUCAAUAAAAUACACCUUUGCCAAGAGGAAGUAGUCUUUAGUACUGUUUGAUGGUUUUAUCACAGAAAGCAAUAGUAACAGAUACAGUUGCCUCCUAGCAUUUUUAUCACUUUUGAAAAUGUUGGGAGCAGGAAUGGCCCUUCUAAUCUCCUGCUACUAUGAUGGUGCAAAAUAAGGUGUUAGAGAUAAUCUUGUUAAUGAUAUUCCAGGUUUUAGGAACAACUUUUGUUUAUAUACUGUAAUUUAAAUAAAUUGCAUUUACAUGCCUAGUUUCUGUAAUAUUUGUGUAUACAAUACCAAAAUCACACAAGAUGUAAAUUGUGUAUAACUGCACAGACUCUAUUCCCUGGGUGUCUGGGAAAAUUUUAAGUUUUAAUUCAUAUAUUAUAAAAUGACUAUAUGUGACUGUUGAUUUACAGAAUUUACAUAUCACAAAAGCUAACUAUUUGUGGUACCUAAGUUAAUAAAAGUGAUUUUCUGAUUAUGAGUUCCUUUACAAACAAGCAUUACCCAGUUGAUCUGGCAAUGACUCUGUGUAUGAGCCUCUAAUACUGAUAAUUUUUCCAUUACAUUUAUUUUAUUUUCUAGAUAGUAAUGUUUCUCGCUAUAGUUUGUGUAACAACUUGUGUUCAUGUUAUCUUUGUUGCUGUAAUUUUUGUGCUUUAAUUCCUCUUAUUUCAAAUUGAUGACAACAAAAUCAAGCUCCUGUAACUUGCACUUUCCCUAAUCCUUACUACUCUUGUAUGGCAACCAAAAUUACUGUAAGAAAUAAAUAUAAUAUUGCACUAA